AUGCUGUUGAGAUCACUGCUGGUCUUUGGGACCUUGGCCAUCAGUGCCACCGCGCAGGAGGAUUUGUACGCCAGACAGAAUGAUUCCUAUACGGUAGCCUCGGUACUCUCUGCCGAGUACACUCCUUCGCCUUCGCCGGAGUCGAUCGCCGAGCCAGCUUCCUCAUCCACAGCAAAGGUAGAGUCAGCAGCUGAGCCAGCUUCUUCGGUCGCAGCUCAGCCAGAGCCAACACCUACCAACGCUGAGAAGAAGACCGGAGAUUACGGUACCAACACCGACGACUGCGCGCAUUGGGGUUCGAAGUGCCCUUGGGGAGAAAAGGUUACCGUCACUGUCACCGACAAGCAGAAGUACACAGAGACCAUCACCAAAACGGAGAAGGAGACGGUGUACGUUACCGACAAGAAGACCGUGACUGAGGAGAAGACGAUCACCAAGGAUAAGACAAUCACGGAGGAGAAGCCCGUGGUUUCAACUGUCAUUGUUGUGUCUAAGGAGACCAUCUACACAACCGAAGCUUACACCACCACGGACUACGAAACCACCACGGUUGUGAAGACUCAAGUAUCAUCUUACCCGGUCACAACAACAGUUGCUGUCUGCAAAUACCCCUCUGAGGCCGCGUCUACAUCUGGGCCGGCCGGCUACCCGACGCAAGGAGGAUACGGCAGAAAGAGAACCGACAAUAAGAUCUGCGAAACCAAGACAACAACGGUCUGGAAGACUACAACAGAAAAGUUCACUGAGUUUUCCACCGUCCCCGUACCAACCACGAUUGAAGUCACCAAAAAGUACCCAAUCACCGUCACCCACAAGGACGUCGAGACCCAGAAGUUCACGGAGACCAAGGAUCGCACUCAGACUCAGAAGUUUACCGAGACUCAGCAAGUCACUGCCACCAGAAUCCACACUUCAGUCUCGACUUACACGACGACUAAAGUGUACACUACUGUCAUUCCCACGACCGUAGUCUCCAGCGUCACGAAAUACCUCACGACAACGUAUACGACAGUUGAGACCUCAACGGAGAAGUACUACUUCACGGACACAAUCACUCAGAAGUUCACCGACACCGCAACUGUGACCAAGGAUGUGACCAAGGAUGUGACCAAGGACGUGACCCAGAAGAUCACCGACACCGCUACAAUCACCAAGCCGGUGACCCGGACCGCUACCGUAACUUCUGUGACAACUUUCACGACCCCGACCACCAUCGUGUCUACUUACAAGUACACGACCAAGAUCCCGUACACGAUCACGGUUGACCACACGACAACCACAACCGCUUACAGCGUGUCUACCUGGACCAGCUACGUGACUUACACCACUCCUGUCACUAUUACGGCCUCUUUCACGGACUUCCAGACCAAAACUGCGACUGCUACUCAAACAGCCACGGUUACCGACAAGCAAACUGAGAGAUACACCGAAUGGCUUACUUCGUCGACAACCAUCUAUGUCUCUACCACAUUCUUUGACACGAUUACCAUCUCGACUAGCUACCCAGUCACGGUCCCAGUGACUGUCACGAACGAUCGUACUAUCCGGGAGACUUCGUACACCACUGUUGUCGAGACCUACAUCUCCACGAUCAUUUCAGAAGUGCCCGUCAUCUCGCUCAUUACUCUGCCUGCCUCUACUGUGAGAGUCCCUACGUCAAUCUUUGCCACGGUUACCGCACCUGGCGCAACCAUUACUUCGCCUCCUCAGACUGUCACGCUUCCUGGAGAGACAAGAAUUUCGACUAUUGCAGGCGAGGUUACGACAAUCACUCUUCCAGGAACCACUUUGACUCUUACCACGACUGACCUUGACACCGUCACUCUCCCGCCUGAGACAACCACUCUCCCCGGUAGCACCGUCAUUACCACUGUGAUUGAGACCGCACCUGCGUCCACAGUGACUAUUACUGAGGACGGCACGACUAUCACCAGCAUUAUUCCCGGCCCGACUUCCGUAGUCACCACGACCUUGACUGUGCCGCCCAUCACUAUUACGUUGCCUCCCACAACGGUCACCCAAACUCAGACAGCCUGCCCCGCUCCUACCAACACCGGUCUUGCCGUCAACUCUGUUUUCGACCCGAAGUCAGACCUCACCUGGGGCUGUAAGCCUGGAUGGGUCUGCAAUCCUCGCAAGCCUGCAGGUUGCAAGCUGUGGCAGGACUCCCCGGCAGACAACUUCGUCUGCGACCCCAACGACUGUGUUCGCGCGCCGCCCUUCACUCUAGCAAACUGGAGGGACAACGAGACAGGUUACGUCCCCCCGAACGAAGGCUAUUUCAACCUUGACCCCAGGGCCUUCGGUCUGACGUACGAUAUUUUCGAGUACGAGGUUAUCGUGAAGAAGAUCAAGGGCAAACACGGCUGGAAGAAGACGACUAUCACAACAGGCAACUGGGCCUCCGCCACUGACUUGACUCAUUACCCACCGACCGCUUCAGCAACAACGAUUGCACCUGCACCGACUUACAAGGCGGAAACGGGCGGUAAGCAUUACCACAAGGAGGGCAAGACUUACGAACGCCGCGCCUUCCUCCGCAAGCGCGACGAGACUGUGUACCCUUCUCAGUGCUACGAGAGCUGCAACAACCCGUAUAUCGAGCUUCAGAGCAUUGGUAAAGACAACAGCCAGCUUUGUGCCCCGGGCUCAGCAUUCCUGGAGGGCGUUGACACGUGCAAAGUUUGCGUCGACUCUAACUCUGACGAGAAGAAGACUACGGCUGCUUAUCUUGACCCCAAGUUUUCUCAGUUCAUCAACUUCUGCUCAGGUCAAUCAACAACGCCGACAUCGACCUCUGCAUCGCAAGCUGAGCCUAUCGUGACCGGAACCUCAAGCGUCACUACGGCAAGCCAAGGAGCUGGUGCAACCGAUACGUCCGCCGUGCCUAUCCCUGACACCACAACGACGACGUCUGCCCCGGAGACAACCUCUACUCCAACGCCUACCCCCACGCCGUCUAGCAGCUCCUCCGUGGUUCCCACUACAGAGUCGACUACAAGCACCACAGAGUCGACGGCCUCCACUAGUUCGUCUGCUUUAGAGACCCCGUCAUCGGAGUCUUCGCCUUCAAGCACGGUCGCCAGCCCGUCUACGACCACGACAGUGACUGCUUCCGCUUCUGAGACAGCUUCACUCUCUGCGAGCGAGUCUGCGUCUGCGACCGUGUCUCUUUCUGAGACCGCACAAUCGACUGCCACUGCCACUGCCACUGCCUCGGCUUCGGCGUCGGCUUCAGUUUCAGCUUCGGCUUCAGCUUCGGCUUCAGCCUCCACCGCACCGCCCUCGACAGAAUCCACCGGAAGCGGAACCGCAACCACCGGCACCAGCCCCAGCACCUCGGUAUCAAACCCAUCUGAAUCAAGCACGGUCGUGCCGACGGCGACCGGCGGAACCCCUAGUUCCAGCUCAGGCGCCUCCACGACCGUCACCGAGCCCAGCUCAUCUUCAACCGCGUCCGCCCCGUCCAGCGUACCCACCGCCGGAGCGGCGAAACCCGCCACCUCCACCCUCCUCGCCAUCCUCGCGCCGCUUUUGGCUAUUCUUCUCAUCUAA